AUGAAGUGCUAUCACCUUUGUUUUAGCAUUCUUCUCUUCUGUUUUCUCGCGAGGGCACGGAAUGUAAUUACUGACUCUUACUUGGAUCAUUCCAAUGUUGAAAAGCACGAUGACGUCAAUCAAUACGAAGGAAACACAGACAGAGAAGAAGAAAUAAUGAGAGAAAGAGAAAGAGAAGAAGACUGUGAAAACCAAGAUGAAGACGACUUUGAAGAUGACGAUGACUUUGAAGAAGAUGACGAUCUCUUUGAAGAAGACUAUUACUUUGAAGGAGAUGACGAUGAAUUUGUAGAAGAUGACGAUGACUUUGAAGAAGAUGACGAAGAAGAGAAAACAGAAACAGCAGGAAAUGAAGACGAAAAAGAAAGCGAUAAUUUCGGCAAGAAAUACAUACAGGAAGUUGAAAUAGUAACAGCGGAAGGCAAAACUUUAAAAAGAAAGAUUGAUUUCAGUAAGUGCAAAAUUGAGAAGAAUAUUGUGAUUUGCGGCCUUGGACAUAUGUAA